ACAAUUCUCGGAAUAGAAAAAGGGCAGUUUGAAAUAUUUGCGGGCAGCGUGUGAGGAGGAGACCAAAUAGCGAGCGAGAGCUGCUCUGAGAAAAAGAGGCGGUCGUUGCGAUAGGUUCGAAGACCCAACCAACCACAGGAAGAAGAAGGGCGGUGGCGGCGAUGAUUUCUGGUGAAACCCCAUAAAACCUAAGGAUUUCGAUAAUGUUUCAGCUCUGCAGUUGCAAUUGCAAUUGCACCCUCUCCUCUCUCCUCCUCCUCGUCCCUCCUUUUCUUCCUCUCACCUGAACCCCUUCCGAGUCCCCUCCCCCCCCCCCCCCCUCUCUCUCUCUCCCCCCCUCCCUGAACCAUGCCGACUUUCACUGUCAUAGCUUUAGAUAGGUUGUUAGAACCUGGAGCUUCUUCCAAAUCCGCCGACAUGUCAUCUCUUCCGAAUUCCAAUUCCAAGCCUUUUUCGAGUUCAAUGCCAGUUCCUGACUCCAAGCUGGAGAGGAAGAACAGCGCCUCCGUUGCGGAGAAGAGGCCAAAUCGACCUCCGAUUACGCCGGCCCUUUACGCUACUCCGGAGGCCACACCCCUCCCGGAUUCGCCUACUUCAUUUACUCCCUCGCCUUACAUCAUCAAUCACAAGCGCCGUGGUCCAAGGCUUAUGAAGAGUUACUCGGAGCAGGAUGUGACAUUGCACCAGAAAGCUGGAGAUAUGGAGAAGCUCAAUGGGGAUGUCAACGAUGCUGAGGCCAAGGGGGUUAAGCUCAAUGGGGAUGUCAACAACGCAGAGGCAAAGGUGGCAAAUUUGCCUGUGGAUGAGUUGGAUACUUUUACUUUCCCCAAGCCUGUUGAAGUGCAUCAUUCGAAUGGAGUCCAUCAUUUCGAGAGCAGCAAUGGGAAGCUUGGGACCAGUGAUGGGCAACUUAGAGGCAGUAAUGUGGAACUAGGUAGUAGUAGCGAGCGUGAAGAUAGCUUCUAUGUGCCCAACAAGAGAAGCGGUAAUGUGGAACUGAGUAAUGUUUCUGCUAGGGAAGAUGAGUUGUUGAAGCAACCUGCCAUGAGUCCAGGAAGAGAUAGUGAAAGUGAGGAUUUCUUUGAUCCGAAAGACUCCAUGAGCGUCGCAAGUUACAACACGGAUGGAGAGGGAAGUGUUUGGGCUGAGCGUUCUGCACAGACCAGUACACCCAUGGGGGAAUUUUAUGAUGCUUGGGAUGAACUUUCAUCUGAGAGCGGGCAUGGGCAACAGCUUUCUGUUUCUGACCUUGACGUUGAAUUGCGUGAAAUGAGAUUGAACCUUAUAAUGGAGAUUGAGAAGCGCAAGCAAGCAGAAGAAUCCUUGAAUAACAUGCAAAGGCAGUGGCAGAGGAUUAGGGAACAAUUAUCUCUUGUAGGAUUGACACUCCCUGAAGAUCCUGCUGCUGCAAGGGGUCCUGAGCAACUAGGUUCUGAUCCUGCAGAAGAUCUGUGCCAACAAGUUUAUCUUGCUAGGUUUGUAUCAAAUUCUAUCGGGAGGGGAUUGAUAAGGGCUGAGAUGGAGUUGGAGAUGGAAGCUCAGAUCGAGUCAAAGAACUUUGAAAUUGCUCGGUUGAUGGACAAACUCCGUAACUAUGAGGCAAUGAAUCAAGAAAUGGUUCAGAGGAAUCAGGACGUUCUCGAGAUGGCACGGCGCGACAGGGAGAGAAGGGAAAGAAGACAAAGAUGGGUAUGGGGCUCGAUUGCGACUGCCCUAACACUUGGUACUGCAGCCUUGGCAUACUCUUAUAUCCCGUCUAGCAGGGGAUCGCCAACCUUCGAUUCCGAGGUUCCUGAGAGUAGCGAUGCAGGCAAAUGAUAAUCACUUUACGUUGCACCCGUGACCCUAUGCCGUAUAACAGAAGGAGAAAAUAAAAGGUCUUAUACUAUGCCACAUCCUUUGUGGAUAACAUUCUCUUGCUCUUUUAUCAGUUAGAUUUUCCUAUGAUCUGAGGAUGUACAGUUCUACAGAAAAUAAUUAAAGUUUGAAGUCAUAAGGUUUGAGCUUCGGUUUGUCUCGAAGCGUUUAUACACAA